AUGUUAGUAAAGUUCAAAGUCAAGAAUAUUUUCACAAAAGCAUUGCAAAGUCUUCCUCUCUGUAAAAACGAUUUUCUCAAAGAGUAAGUUCUCCAUAAUAGUGGGUUUUAGGAAAAAGGCUGGAACAAUAGGAUUGUUGCAUCUGAAUAAAUUUUAGGAGUUGUACCAAGAGAAUACUCGAAUAAAACAUUCUUGCCAUCAAUUAAUGGUGGAACAGCCUCCAUCGUUUAGAAAUACAUUCAAAUGCAUAAGAAUUAAUAAGAGCUCGAUAAUCUUAUUGAAUGUGAACAAAAAAUAUUUGCUACCAAAUUAGAAUAAGUAAGACAGGUACACAAAUUGUAUAAUGUCCCCAAAAUCCAUUAAAAUGUGUUUAAUUAGAUAUUGGCAUACUCAAAUGAUAAAUUAGCAAUUUUGGAGGAAGAACUUAAAUUGAUGGAUUAAAAGUUAUCUCCCAUAUUACAUUGCAUGUUUACAAUAACUGCACGAGAGAAUUGCUUAAAUUAGAUUUAGAGUUUGUUGAAGUAGUAUUAAACUAAGGAUUUAGAGAAAUUAAAAGAAUUUAUUAAUGAUUAUAGACUAUUAUCACUAAACACACUUGAGAGUAUUGUGAAAUGGUAAUAAUACAUUGAGCAUAAAAAUCUGAAUAUCCAAUUUUGUUUGGAUGAUAAUACUAUAUAUUGUGAAAGGUUCUAUACAGAUUAUGAAAUUUUGAGGCCAUAAUUGAUUAAACUAUUCGACAUAUCAGAAUCUCAUGAUCCAUUCUUUGUGAAAUUACUAGGAAAUAAUCAAGCUAAAUUAUAUGCAAGGGUCAGAAGAGCUGAAGUUGAAUUAUUGAAUCUGAUUUUUAACAAUAAUUAUUUAAAAUGA